GGGGGCGGGGUCGCGACGACCUUUUGCGCAGGCGCAGUCGGCGGUCCACGCGUGGUGAAAUGCCUGGAACGCACGUCUCUCGUGUCCGUAGCUUAUAUAAGCGGAUCUUGCAACUACACCGAGUUCUGCCCCCGGACCUUAAAUCUCUGGGUGACCAGUACGUGAAGGACGAAUUUAGGAGACAUAAGACCGUUGGUUCUGACGAGGCCCAGCGUUUCUUGCAGGAAUGGGAGGUAUAUGCAUCAGUGUUAUGGGAACAAGCUAAUGAAUACAGACAAAAUUCAACUGAAAGAGCAUGUUUUGGCACCUCCCUCCCAGAAGAAAAACUUAAUGACUUUCGUGAUGAGCAAAUUGGACAGUUACAGGAACUGAUGCGAGAAACUACUAAACCCAACAGGCAAUUUAGUAUCACGGAGUCUACAAAACCAAAAUUUUAGUAAAUACAGUAAUGUUUGACAAAAUAUAAAAUUUAGAACCUUUUAACUACCAUUGGUUUUUAAAAGUUAUUAUUUCAUCCCUACGUAUUAUUUUAUUUUUGGCUUUUAUGAAUACAGUAUGUGGACCAGGAUCACCAGCA